GAACCAGCAUCUUAAUUAAAUAUUUGGAAAAAUCUUUAGACGCAUCUAAUGUUCUUAAAUCUAUGGAAAAUCGGCAUCUUAACUGUUAGCAAAGAAAAAAAAAGGCUUUAACUAUUACUAGUAUCCUUAGAUGAAUAUAGCUUUAAAUAGGUAAACUAUAGCUAUAAAGUAAAUAACAAAUAAGCAAGGAGAUUAAAUAUUUAUAGUUACUUUUUUGUUCUUCGAAUUUAGUAAAUUUACUGUUUUCAAGUUGCUUUACAUUUUGAUUAAGGAAGUUUUCUUAGAGAGAUUAGGUAUGUAAAGCUUUUCUUCGUCUAUAUAUAAGUAUAGAUCGUCCUCAGAAGAACAAAUUGUUUUAUUAAGAAAAUAUUUUAAUCCGAGCUUAAUUCUUUCGUCUGCUAUAUUCUAAAUGAAAUCCCGUGGUAGGGAGAUGUUCAAAGUCGGACCAAUUGGGUCACAACGUGCUUAUCUUAAGAAUUUGGAAUGGGAAGAGAAGGGACGCAACAUGAUCUCUAGUAUAUAUGUCGCUUUCGACAAAGAUACCAUAAAUUCUAUUCAGUUUAGCUAUUGUCAGAACGGAGGUCAUGUCGUGUCUAAAAAGUAUGGUAUGUCUGAUGCCCAAAAACAAAAGUAUGGUUCGUACAACGGUCGAUUCCACGUAAUGUUUGUUUUUGCUCUUGUUACUGAUGACCACGUUAAAACAAAUUUAUGCAAUAUACAGGUGAGACUAAAUGACGAUGAGUUUGUGACCGGGUUGAGUGCAAUAUAUCUUUGUAAAGGGAUCACGAAUUUGAAUAUUCACACUAAUCAGGGGAAACACGGCCCGAUUUGUGAUAGAUAUUCAUCAUCAAAGAAUAUUAUGGAUAACUAUAAGGUGGAAAUUGAUGUGAAGAUACGUGAUCGUCGUGAGUUUGGUGGUUUCUUUGGGUCUUUUGAUAACUAUGGCACUCUGACUUCCAUUGGCAUUUAUGUGUGUCCCAUUACAAGGAUCAAUGACGUAGCCCUCAGAACCAACUACAAAGUCACCGAUGACUACGACGACCAAAGCACUUUCUAUCAAUCAUCUGGUCCUUUAACCACAAUCAACCAUAAUCGGAAGCUUGAAUAUCAAAUGCCUCAUGAGGUCUCCGAUGUCAAGCCCAUUGUUCAUAACCCCAAUUUCGAAGACAAGAUCAGUCUCUACCAAUCAUCGGAUCGUCUAGCCAGAAGCACUAACACUCGGACACUUGAGUAUCAGAUCCCGGAGUUCCUCGAUGUCAAUCCCAUUGGUCGUAAGUCCAAACUCAAAUAUGGCAUAUUCUCCAAGUUGGCGCGUCUUUUCAGAAAUCUCUUGGAUUAGAUCUUUUUUUUUUUCGUUUGCAUUCGUGCAAGAUCCGGAUUGGUAUGUAUUUGAGUCCCACCCAUUACAAGGCCCGACCUGGUUGACGAAGCAACUUCUUGUGGCAGUAUUCAACAAUAGCUUAAAUAAAGUAGCUUUAAUGAAGCAAUGUUUGUUUCAUCUUUCUAUAUAUAUCGCAACUCUUAAGUAAUAAAAAAAAAUUAUCAAAAAAAAAACUCUUAAAUAAUAAAAUGGUCCCAUUUCUUCCUUU